GCCACAGAGCGGAGCAGCCUGAGCUCCAAAGCCCAGCGUCUCUCACGUCCUGAAAUACGCGCAGGCUGCGGAAAGAGUUGCAUCUCCGCCCGUGUCCUCCUAUCACAUCACUUCUCCUUCAUCUCUUUAACGUAGCGGCGGAAGCCUACGAACAAACCCAACCACUUUCUUCCCAAACAGCCGCUGAAUGCUGAUUUGUGGACAGCCGCUCAGUCUUUGGCGAGGCUGACCUGACUAAUCAUCCAAGGUGUCAAGCUGGUACCUGUCCGAUGUCCUCUUGUCCCAUAGUGUGAUGUGUGAUGGCUCCGGUGCUGAGUGGAGUGUGGUGGGGGCCGGAGGCAGGUGUUGUCAGGUCGGGGACGGCAGCUGCUGCUGCAGGCAAUGCAUCGUGGCUGGGAAGUGGGCAGCUGGUUCUGGUCGUCACCCUCAGCACCCUCAUUGCCUUGCUGCUGGUCUCUGUUUUGCUUCUGCUUUGUGCUAGCUGCCAGGGGCAGAAAAAAGCAAUAAAUGGACAUCCAGCAGGAGACCAUGUGAAUCUUGUAAAUGGAGUGUCAGAGAGGGAGACAAUCAGCCAAUCAGCAGACAGUCCAGUGACUGACGUGGCAGUCAGCAGCUCUCACAAUGGUCCUCUAACCAGCGGUACAAUCCUUUCAGACACACAGGACACCAGUCCCCAGUUGUCUGAGGAAAUGCUCUCCAGCCAAUCAGAGCUCAGGUCCUCCAAGUGUCCUCAGGACCGUGAGCUUCCCAGCAUCCCUCCCAACAAUGCCCUUAUCCAGGACAGACCCCCUGCCUCAGGGGACAGCACUUAUGAGGUGGUGAAGGACAUGGCAACAGCGUCACGUGACGUCAGCGUUGAGGACUCUCUGUACGAGACUGUCAAGGAGCUCAAAGACCCUCCUGCAGAGCCUCACCUCCCCAACGGUACCAUCAAGCUGAGCCACGAUGAACCCCCUCCUCAUCCUCCCGCUCUUCUCAACGGCCACCUCAGCCCCUGCACUCCUGAGCGGGGGCCGCUGUGCGCAGGGGUGGAGUAUGCCUCUGUCGACCUGAAUAAGAAGAGCCGUCACAGCGCUGACAUGGAGGCCAAGAGGCGCUCUGAUAAUGCUGCCCCUCCCUCACAAAAGCCUCUGGAAGAACCAGAGGAGGAUUUACCUCCUCCAGUACCAGAGAAAGUUCUGGAUGAAAAUGACAACCAACCAACGGUGAUGAAUGGGCUGGUGGGGGCUGGUCUGCACAAUGGAGAGUUACACUCCCCUCUGUCUCCUGCACCGAGCUUCAACAUCCACAUUCUGUCAGACAGUGAUGCAGCAGUGUACUCUACAGUCAACAAAACAAACUGUGACAAAGCAGUUAAUGAGGAAGACAAAGAGCACGACUACAGCAGCAUCGCAGAGAUCAAAGGCAUGGUCCCGGCCUCUUCCUCCAGCGACCUCUACGCCACUGUCCGAGAUAUCUACUCCCAACCUGACGAGCCCACGCUGGGGGAUAAUCUCCUCUUGGACGGCACAGAUCCUUGCUACGAAAGCAUCCGCAUCCCAAAGACAAAUAGCUCAGACGAUGACCGCAGGGCUGAGGUGGGAGCAGAGGGAGCUGAUGCUGCCAAGAUGGAGCCUGACUACGAGAGUGUGGGAGAGUUGGGCCUCGGUCAGGAAUUGUCCCGCCUUUGAAUUUUAUCCCUCCUCAUCACCUUCAUCAGGAAGCUUCCUUAGCAUCCAUAAAGUUGCUGUCAAGCAUGCUUUUGGUGCAUGAAUUGGGGAAAAACAACAAAAAAAAAAGUCUCCUCGCAGCUUCUAUCAUCAAAGAAAACACGUCUUCAUUACAGUUUGGGUACGGUUGAUCAUAUCUGAACUUUAUUCAUUUAUCAGCCAGAGUGAAUAUCAUUGGUACUGGUAGGCCUUAACAACACUUGAUUGUGAAUAAACAUCAAAUAAGUAUCCAAUCUCAACACAUAUGCAACAUGUUAAGCGUUACCUUGAGGACACUAAAUUUAGUGCCAUAUACUCAUAUAAAAUCCAUGCACUUACUGUAAAUGUGACAGUAACAGUACUUGUAAGCUCCCUCUGCAGCAGCUAAUCUUUCCAGCUUCUUGUUGCCUCAGUGUCAUGUUUUAUUGACGUAUCAGAUCGUGCAUUUAUGGACUACUCCUUGUCAGGUUCACAGCAUCUUCACAGUGUUUUCUGCCAGCUCCUGUAAAGAGCAAAUUCCACAUCUGAACUGUGGCCAAAAUAGACGUGAUGAGGUAUUAGAGCUACAAAUACGCUGCAUAUAACAUGCAGAAUAAAAAUGGAAAACCGGACAAGGGAAGAAGUUUUUCAAUCUGGAAAGCAUUUUUUUUUUUAGAAGUUUUACUGUCCAUUUCAACAAUUCUUGAAGAAGUCAUAUUUAUUUGUUUAUUAUUGUGUAAUUAUGAAAUGUUGCAGAUUAUGAACAUUGGAUUUUAUAGAUGUUUGUAGCAUUUUCAUUGAAAUACUAAAAGAAAGUGAGUCUUGAGGUUAAGAACAGUUAGGUACGUGAUCCUGUGACUAUUUAAAAGAAAUAAUUGUUUAAAAGCAAAACUGAUUGUUGUUUUAUACACAGCUCAGAUUGCUUACCGAGUGAUAAAACGGCACAGAAAACUUUCUAUUCUUUGGUUACCACAUUUUUGUUGGGUCUAUUCUUGGUACAUCUUUAGCUGGCAUUAAAGCACAAAGGUAACUUUUUAUGGUACUUUCAUCUGUAGAUAUGUAAUCAAAAGUAUCGACACAGUUCAGUUACAUUCCUGCACAAUUUGAACAUUUUAUGCUUUUUAGAAAACAAAACCAUAAUCUGUCUGUUUGUAGCUUGUACUGACGACAUGCCAAUCAAGGCUUGUAAAUAGUUAGAGCACUAUUUUAACCAACUGUUGUUUGCUGGAGAUUUUAUGUAGGCGUUUACUUAUUUGUUCAAUGUCCAGUGUAAAAUAGUUUUGAAAUAAGCCUGUUAGAAGCACUGAUGUAUGUCGGAUUUGUCUAAAUGAAAUGUUGUUGUCCGAUAGCCUUUUAUAUUUUAACUCAAAAGUGGUAACUUAUCAGAUGUUAGACACAUGGUACAACGCUUUUGGUACAUGUAAUUUGAGAAGAGCUUGGUACUUUUUAUUUAAAAACAAAAUAAUGUCUAAAUUUUAUGGAUUGAAGUUGAUCUGGUAAAAACAGCCUGUGAUCACUAUAUUACAGUGUAAUAGUAUCUCUAGCUUUACUUCAUAUUUCAUUAAGCAUCCUGGAGCUUGUUUUUGUUGAUUCAAGCAAACAAGGGCAGCCGUUCCGACUGGUCUUGGAUUCGUAUUUCAUUUCCCAGUGGUCAAAGAGGAUUUUUUUUAAUUCAACCCACUCUCAAACUAAGAAGAGUAAGAGAUGCCUUAAAAGAAAAACCCACUUUUUUUUUGCAAAGAUGUAAUAAUUAUCAAAAUUACCCCCCAAAAUUAAGACAUUAGAAGUGUGAAGUUACUGCAUAUCAGGCUGUUGCUCACAGAAUGCUGUAAAAGACCUCAGAGGAAACGCCAAAGGAGGAUGUUCAGUGCCAAAUCUAAUCAAGACAACACACAGACACCGUUUAGCUAAAAUCACUUAUGCUCUCCAGCCUUCUGUGUCCAUCAUAUAAACACACACAUAUACACAUUCCCACUCAGUGAGUGGGAGUGGUGACCCCUUCCCCUCCUCUGCUCCCUCUCCUUCAGCUCUACUCCUCCCCUAAUGAGACCAUUUGUUCCCCACAACAACCAGCAGACAACUCUACAGCAACACCCGCCUUUGAUCAAAGAGUAAAGCCUGAUUUGGCAGUUAUAGCCACAUCUGUCACUCCAUUCUGUCCAGUCUCCAUUGUCUGCAUGUAAAUAUUUUAUUACAUGAAGUGUUCUAUUAAAAUUUAAAUAUAA